CCAGUAGCUUGUAUUUUACAAGCUGGAAAACACUCACCAAAAUGAAGAGCUUGACUGUUGUGUUCUUGGUCGCAUGCCUCUGCAUGGAAAGAGUUAUGUCACUGGAGUGUUAUGCCUGCGAAAAUGUAAAGUCUCACAAUGAAUGUACAAAACGCACUAAGUGUUCGGAUAUGGACCACCAUUGCGUAUCCUUUUAUAACCAUCCUCCUGGUAAGGAGCUUUCCAUCAGCAAAUGGUGCGCUUCACACUGCCCAAAGAUCAACGCUGGAGCUAAGGGAGUCAAUGCAGGGAUUUCAUCUACCUGUUGUGAGACCGACUACUGCAACAGCGGUGGACCCAGCGGUGUGAAAACCAGCUAUGCCAUAAUGGUUAUGGCAGCCUUGGCCAGCUUAUUCUGCAUCCUGCGGACAGGGUUCUGAUGGGAGAGAAGACCUCUGACUGUGCACCUCUGGAUGCUCAUGAGAGACACAAACUCCUGUGGGUCUUCUUCUGGCUUAACUGAGUUCUGUUCUCAGAUAUUGUUUUCCUGUGAAUGCAAAUGUAAUGUGCCACCAUCAAAUUCUUUCCCAUGUAAAAAUGUCUUGCAUUCAAUAAAUGAACAUCUGGAAGAAAA